UCACUCACCCAACCGCUCCACCACUGCGCCUCAGCCCUGCGGACAGAAAGUCUCGCUUCUUCGAGUAUCAAAAGACCAGUGCUGUCUGCAACACGCUAAAAAUAUCUUUGGCAUUUUUUUAUGUUGUUAAAACUUUGUUGAGCCAAGUUUGAUCUUAACCAGACACGUCGUAUAGACAGUUUAGGUUGGAUAGAAGCAACCCUUAAGAGCCCUUAUAUAUCACCGUGUUUAGCGUCAAAAAGUUUUGAGCGCAUUUCGCCCACGAUGUCCGCCAACACGCAGCAGAGCAAGAGCUGUCCCAUUCCCACGCGCGUGCUGCACCUCAAAGACUGGUCUCAGCUCCCAGACUGCUACAGUCAGACCCCUGGAGGAACACUCUUCUCCACCACACCAGGGGGAACUCGGAUCAUUUAUGACAGAAAGUUCCUCCUCGACUGUAGGAACUCUCCAAUUGCCCGGACUCCACCCUGUUGUUUGCCCCAGAUUCCUGGGGUGACCAUUCCUUCACACCAUCCAAUGUCCAAACUGCAGGAACUCAAAGAGGAGUUGGAGGAGGAGAAGGGUCUGGCAGAUGACAACCAGUUUGAGAUGGACAUUUGAGUCUUUCAUCUACCUCCUGUGGAGAACUCUCUAUUUUAUCUGUCAGGAUGAUGCUGCUUACCUCACAAUCAGCGGACAUCACAUAUUCACCAGAUUAACAGGCUUUUUAAUGAGCUAAACACCCAAAGGGUGUCUUAUUCUUUUGAUUAAAAGUACUUGUUCAACGUUUACCAAAAAAAAAAAAAAAAACAUGAUUGUAAGUUGCGAUAUUUUAAAGUUCUUUAUUGUACAUAUGGUACUUUUUACUUUUUUUUUGUAGCAUUACGUUACGUGUGAGCCGGGACAAAACCAUUGCAAAAUCUCUAAUUUCUGAGCAUUAUAUCUCAGCAAACAUUGUUGAUUGUUUAAUGGUAAAGGCUGACUAAAUGCCAAAUGAAAGUUUGUUGCAUAUGUUUGGUGUUUCACUUGGACAAGCACAUCAGAACAUAGAUGUACACCACCGUGUCCCCUCAGGGUUUUCCUGGUGUUUCAUUUGCCUGGAUUUCCUCAGGUUUUAUUAUUUUGAUUGAAAUAAAAAAAAAAAAGAAAACAGAAAAGAAAA